GUGACGUUUGUUUUCUAUUUCUAUCUGUUCUGAACAUUUCUGACUGAAACUGCAAUCUGAAGUGUUUGCCUCUCAUCAUUAUCUCAAUAACUCAAUAUUGUACAUAAAAAAAUUGGCCCUUUGGCGAGGGACGCAAGGUCGACGAGAUGGCAAAAAAUAAUUCUAAGUAUGGUAUAAAAUGAUUUUUUGUUAUUAAACAUAAAACUGAAAUUUGCAAAUGAAAUCAAAUAUGGAAAUAAAACAAGAAGCUAGCGACAAAACUUGUAAAAUAAAAACAGAUAGUGAGGAGUGUGAUGAUUCUUUGGAACACUUCAAAAUUGAAAUUACAGAAGAACCUAAGAGAGAAACUGCAUAUGACACAUUUGAUUAUUUAGACUCGAAUGUUUCCUCUGUAAAUACUAAAGAUGAACAUAAAUUUACACAAUUUAAAGAAAAGCAAACAACAAAUAAAGAAGGUUAUCUACAAGAGGAAACCAAAAUGGAAAUUAUGGAGACACUAAUUAAACAUUCAUCUUCUGAAGGAAAUUAUAUGAGUCAACAUGAUGAAGGAAAAAACUUAAACAAAAAUAUGAAAGUUGUGACUGGAAAAAGACAUUACAAAUGUGAAAUUUGUUUUAAACAGUUUAGUAGAGUAUCUCAUUAUAAAACACACUUAAGAACACACACUGGGGAAAAACCUUAUACAUGCGAAAUUUGUUUCAAGAAGUUUAGUAUAGCAAGUAGUUUGAACACACAUGUGAGAAUGCACACAGGAGAAAAACACAAGUGUAGAAUUUGUUUUAAGCAGUUUAGUUUAGCAAGUAGUUUGAAAAUACAUUUGAGAGUGCACACUGGAGAAAAACUUUCCAAGUGUGAAAUUUGUUUUAAACAAUUUAGUAAAUUAGCUCAUUUUAAAACACACUUAAGAUCACACACUGGGGAAAAACCUUACAAGUGCGAAAUUUGUUUCAAGCAGUUUAUUACUACAGCUCAUUUGAAAAGACAUUUGAGAGUGCACACUGGGGAAAAACCUUAUAAGUGUGAAAUUUGUUUCAAGCAGUUUGUUACUACAACUAAUUUGAAAAGACAUUUGAGAGUGCACUCCAGGGAAAAACCUUAUAAGUGUGAAAUUUGUUUUAAGCAGUUUACUACUAUAGUUCCGUUGAAAAAACAUUUGAGAAUACAUUCUGGAGAAAAAUUGUAUGAGUGUGAAAUUUGUUUUAAGCGGUUUAGUGACGCAGGUCGUUUGAAAGUACACUUGCGAAUACACACUGGAGAAAAACCUGUGAAAAAGUGUGAAAUUUGUUUUAAGCAGUUUAGUGUAGCAAGUAGUUUGAUAACACAUUUGAGAGUGCACACUGGGGAAAAACCUUACACGUGUGAAAUUUGUUUUAAACAGUUUAGUAUAACAAGUAGUUUGAAAACACAUUUGAGAGUGCACACUGGGGAAAAACCUUACAAGUGUAAAAUUUGUUCUAAACAUUUUAUUACUACAAGUCAUUUAAAAAGACAUUUGAGAAUGCAUACUGAAAGAAAACCUUAAAUGUGUGAAAUUUGUUUUAGGCUGUUUUCUCACAAAAAUGUUUUGAAAAUACAUUUCAACGUGCACAGUAAAGAAAAAACAAAUGUGACAUUUGUUUUAAGUUGUGUUUUCAAGAUUUAAUAUAAAACUGCUUGCUCAUUUCUAAAUUUCUGCUGUUCGCAGUUUACUUCUUCAACCAUUUCUAGUAACCUAUCUAACUGAUCCUCACAUUUGCAUCUUUUAAUUUGUCGGAAAAGAUUCUAUUUCGAACUCAUCCCAUUUCUUCUUCUCUUACUACCGUCGUCGGUGAUUGCGUCACUACACAUUUUCCUUGUUGACUCUACUUUUAAGUUAGCCAAUAUGUAUUAUUCUGCACCGUGACACCGUUGAAAAAACUAAACUUGCAAUUAACUGCUCUUCCAUCAUCUGCUUUUUAUCAGAGCCUCAGUGUGUUGAUUGAAUUUAUGUAUUUCAAUGUUUUUACUUCGUACUUGUUUCCUUAACUUUGUUUUAGAUAUGGCAACAUCGCAAUAAGAUGGAACAUAAUCCUUCUUUUAUUGACCUUAUUUAGAUUUACUAAUACCCGUUAACUAUUAACCUUAUAAUUUUAGAUUGACCCAUUGUACAUACACUAAGUUUUUAAUUUUUUUUUCAACACAGCACUAAGGUUUCAUAAUAGUAAUGGGACGCAAUUUCACUACCGGUGAUUCAGUCACGGUGAUUUAUAUAUCACCGAUAACUAGCGUUCCUUGCUAACUUCCACAACCGUGACGGUGACCAGAUAUAUCAAAUAUCAUUUCACCGUCACUGUCUCACAAAACUUGUUUAUAUUGUAACGAAAUAGCCCAUCUCCGAUGCGGAGUACGUGCCACAAUUCUUAGAAGGAUGAAUCUCGAAUAUACAAUCGAUGAUAUUCUCAAUA